ACGGACAUCACUGCCAGUUAGUCUACUCCGAGAUCUCGACUUGGUAAGAGGUUUCCUAGUCGAAGCUCUGAUAUUUUUUUUCCAAAAAAAAACCUUGUCAACAAAGAUAUUCUCAGUGUUCACUAAUUUUCAAUAAGUGUCUUUGAAUCAUCUAAUUGUGUAAAGUGACAUAGUCAACACUAAACAAUUGUUCUAUAUUUACUGCAAAGAAUAAUUUUCGUGUUUUUAGUUUUUAAACCAAAGAUUCAGUGUUAUGUUAUGAAUUUACCAACACUAUCAAAGGUUUAGAAUUGUUUUUUUCCCUUUUCAUUUUGGAAAAGUUCCACUAAAUAUCAAUAAUGACAGUCUUAAGAAUGACAUCACCGGUGACACCGCCCUCGACAAGUCCAGGUUCUCCUAAUCAGGCGCAGGCACCGCAAGCCUCGCCUAGUCCGGUCCUAAGUUUCUCGGUAGCUGCCCUUUUGGCUGAUACGAAAAAAUCGACGACGGACAUCUCAUCGAAAUUAAGUAACACCUCAGCCUCACCUAGAUCAUCACCAAUUACCUCCUAUUCACCGGUUCAUCAACUAAUGGGCCAUUCACUCUCCAAGUACACACCAAUCAGUGAUCUUAGGCUACGUUACGGUAUCGCCGAUUCCCUCAAGGACUUUCAGGAGUCAAGAAUACCUCAUCCUCAUCAUAAUCAGUAUUGUGAUUCGCCAAAAAGUAAAGACGGAUCAUCGGCGAAGCAUUGUGAUGCUGGAAAUUUAUUGGAUUAUCGGAUAAGCACAUCGCCGGUGACGACGGAUUUGAAGACACCCGACUCUAGAGUGACACUAUCGCCAAAGCAUCAUUCGUUGAUUAUUCGUGAUUUUGGAUCACAAUCGCCGAGGAGUUCGCACGAUGAGGGACGUUCGAGGUGUUCGGAAAUUGAGGAUGUUGACGAUGUGGGUGAUGAUGAAUCGAGUUUGGUCGAUGUUGAGGAUCUUCAACAACAUACGUCAAGUCCCACACCAGUGAGGCCCACUCCCGCCUACAUUGCUGGCUUUUCGGCACUCGGCAACAUACCCACAAUCACCUCCGGUCUACAUCCUGCGAUUUGGGCUGGACAUCAAUCAGCAGCGGCCGCCACUUUUUUCCCGUCGCACUUCGCUCAUCACGUUCCACUCAAUGAAAACGGUGAACCGGCGAAAAUCAAGUGCAAUCUUAGGAAACAUAAACCGAACAGAAAACCUAGAACGCCUUUCACGACACAACAACUUUUAGCGCUCGAGAAGAAGUUCCGCGAGAAACAUUAUCUCAGCGUUGCCGAAAGAGCGGAAUUCUCAUCAUCCCUUCAUCUCACUGAAACGCAGGUAAAAAUUUGGUUCCAAAAUAGGCGAGCAAAAGCGAAACGUCUCCAAGAAGCGGAGAUCGAGAAACAGAGAAUGUCAGCAGUGACUCAACAUCACACGGCACUUUAUGGUGCGCAUCAUGGUCUACUUGGUCCAACAGGACUUUAUCCAGUAGGAAUGCUGUCCCAUCCUGGUUUGACGUCUCAUCAUCCUAUUCCCCAGCACCUUACAAGGGAAUGAUCAUGGAAUUAAAAAGUAGACGAGAAAAUCUGGGCGGUCUUGAAAUCCAAGUGUAUAAGAGUGUAAAGUAAAAAACUAGAGUGCACACAUCUUGGAUAGAUUACAAGACUAUAUGGUUUCAGGAACGAGAGAGAGAGAGAAAGAUUGCGAGUAAUCGCGCUAAUUAAUAAUUGCCAGAGUUGUAUUUAAUUGGACGUGUAAUGAACUGGCUGUUUAUGCUCGCCAUAGGCGCACUUUUGCGAUAUAUAUAUAUAUAGUCAAACACUCCAAGAGUUUUUCUUUUUAUUUGUCUGUAAAUAAAUUGUAAAUAAAUAUCGCGUCUCGUGACGGUGAAAAUUAUUUUGUAAAUAUAUAUGUAUGUGAUCGUUCGAUAAAUGUUUAAUUAAUACCAAGUAGAUAUCAGUUCUACUUGGUUUCUUCUCAUUUUUGUAUAAAUGUAAGUAAGAUUGAUGGAAGAGACUAUUUAAUAAAUUGCAAUGUCUUCAU